AUGGAUAGGCAGAUCGUGGAUCGAUCAUGGCAUAUUCUAAUCGUUCUCGUUGCUUCGUUUCUGCCAUCGAACGAUCUUCUUCCUUAUGUUGAGUAUUUCAUUCGCACGAGCAACAACACACUUUCGCAUGAACUCAUGGAGCGGUGCAGUCGUUAUUUGGAGAUCUGCAAAAAAGUUGGGAACCGAAAAGAGCCGCCUUCAAUUGAAGAAAUCGAUAUGCUGCUGUCGGAUUCGUGCAGACAAAUCACUGUUCGCAUUCUUCCUAACGACGAACUGCCCAUGGAAAUCACCAUGCUCGCACAAUCGAGGGAUGUCAUCGAGCAGAUUAAUCGCGAAUUGAAGCUGGGCAAAGGUGGUCGCAUGUUCCAGCUCUUCAAAGUUCGCGAUUCAAGCCGUAAUGAAGAGGUGUUGCUGAACGAAAACAGUCGAAUGACGGAUAUUCUCGCUACGAUGCAAGAAGGCGAGUCUCUACUAUUCGCCAUCGCAUAUUACAAUUCUUCCUACGAUCUGCACAACGCCAAUUUGCUCCGAUUGCUUUUCUUCCAAGCGGUACACGACCUUCGUGCAGGCCGCUAUUUCAAGCCAGACGAGGACUAUUUCACGCUCACUGCGUUGGCGCUGCAAGAAUCGCUGCAGGACUAUUCAGGGGACAACCGCGUGGUUUGUGAAGCAAUCGCUAAGCUCCUUCCUCCGCACCUGUGUGUUCCCGCACGAAAGCUUGUGUGUGAGGGAGAAGUCCUGAAGGUGUACAACAAGCUGCGAGGCUAUACAUCGCAUGAAUGCAUGAUUGCCUUGUUGGACUACAUUACGAGUUGGGAAGACUACGGCGUGACACAUUUCUAUGGUGAUCAAUUCGCUCCUGAGCAACAGGAUGGGAAGAUCAUAGGCAUCAGUCCUCGAGGUGUGCAUGUGGGAGAGUAUGCGGACCAUGUGGGAAAAGAUGCCUAUACCCAGUUCUACCCCUAUUCAGCCAUUUCCGCUUGGGGAUUGUCCGAAAACUCGCUCUCUUUCUAUCUGGCGACAAAACCCGAGCAGCGACACUACCAGUUCGUGAUGCCACACCCCGAUGCAGCCUACAGCUUGAUUCAGCAUUAUUCCCAGUUGGUUGUUUGUUCCAAAUAG